AUGACAUCCAAUCCGCCACAAAUCACGACAAAAACUAGAGGCCUUGCAGCUAAACAAGCAGCAGCAUCUGCCGCUGCGCGCUUUGCUGGAUAUUCUUCAUUCUAUGCACCAUCUUCUCAGAAUCAGAUUCAAAACUUCUCAGACUCUCCAUCGCCUCGCCCCGGCAUGAUUAACGGCCCUCAAGUCCCUCCUCUUCGUCCACCACAUCCCGUUAAUGGUUUUGCUCGUCCGCCGCCUCAGUUUUCGAUCCAUGGACGAGGACCGCCACCAAUGAUGCGGCCGCCUCCACGUCCUGCUAGUAAUUACACCCCGUCUACUUCCUCUACAUCUCAAUGGCAAUGGACUAAUGGAAACAGUGCAACAAGUUCAGCUAAUGCACCUCCUGUGAGAUUUAGUAUGAGGCCACCACCACGUGGACCUCCUCCUAGAAGUUUUGGUCCUCCUCCUGGAGCUUUCUCGGUGCCCAAACCUGCAGCUUUACCUGCUUCUUCACCUAUGGGAAGCAAUCCCAAGUGGCCUGAUUCACUGCACAAUUACGUGAAGCGAGCUUUUGGUCGUUGCAAGGGAGCGGCGGACCAAGCAAUUACACAGAAUUCCCUUAAAGAGUUGAUUACCAAUGCCAUUAUGACAAAUAGUUUAUGGACAAGGAAUUGGACAGCAGAGCCUCUGCCGGUGUUAGUGGGAGACACAGCGGCAGCGGCUAUGCAGACCAAGGUGGGGAUGGGAGGACCUAUGCCGGGACCACAUGGUAACAGGUUUGCAUCUUCUUCGCCUAGUAAUAGUAGUUUUUCGCCUAAUCAAGGCUUUGUUCCUUUGGAAGACUCUUCUGGUACGAAGAAAAAGACGAACAAGCGCAAACUCGAUGGUUUUGAGAUCGAUGGCGCUGAUGUGCAGCGCAAACAUAAGAGACGAGAACGAUUCCAUAUGACUAAGCAGGAACUCAAGAGUCUGGUGACUCCCGAGGUAGACACGAAGAAGCUUCAGGUCCUGACCCUCCAUGGAGAGCUAGACCUUGCAGCCAUGGUCAUUAAAGGUACUUGUCAGACGAUUGAAAAGGAAUACUUGCGAUUAACCUCUCCCCCACAUCCGUCGACGGUGCGACCUGAGCCAGUGCUGCGCAAGGCGCUGGAUCUCGUGAAGUCGAAGUGGGCAAAGGGUAACCACGAUUAUAUUUAUGCCUGUAGCCAGCUCAAGUCCAUCCGCCAGGAUUGCACAGUUCAGCAUAUUAAGAACGCAUUUACCGUGUCUGUGUAUGAAACCCACGCCCGGGUAGCGCUCGAGUCCGGUGAUAUUAAUGAAUUUAACCAGUGUCAGACGCAACUCCAUGAAUUGUAUGAGAAGCUGAUUUCGGGCGAGGCGAUCGAGUUCCUAGCGUACCGCAUCUUAUAUUGUGUGUACGUGUCUCUGCAGUCCAAGAAAGGAGAUUCGAAUGCGGGUCAGCUUGGCAUGUACAACGUGCUAAGCCUGGUAACACCCAAGCUACGUUCGCAUCCGGCGAUCGCCCACGCACUGUCAGUGCGCCAGGCAGUCGCUAUGAAUGAUUAUCAUCGUUUUUUCAAACUCUUUGUAGGUGCUCCAAAUAUGGCAGGUUACUUGAUGGACGUGAUGGUCCCCGCAAUCCGACUGAGUGCACUUCGAGCUAUAUGCAAAGCGUACCGUCCAACUAUCUCGGUGCAGUAUAUUCGUGAUGAGCUCAAGCUUGAAGGCAAGGCAGGAAAAGCGUUUAUCCACCAGUCUGGUCUCGCAUUCGUAAAGGGAGAUAAGUCGCGCGUUGACACAAAGGCGUCAAACAUUGUUUGGGUGCUGAGCAACGAAUCAUCGCUUAUUUAG